GGCGAACGGCGGCGGCGGCGCGGGCACGACGGAGCGCGGGAUCCUCGUCGUGAGCCUCGGGCUCGGGCCUGGCUAGGCGGCGACACCGCGAAGCCACCGGCGAGAUGGCUGAGUCCCCGCCGCCCGGCGCGGCCGCUCAAAGUUGCGGCGAGGACCCGGAGAGGGGCGGGGAGCGGCUAUCGGAGGAGCCCGAGGAACCGCGCGGUGCUGCCGCCCGCGGCACUGACCGGGAGGACGAGGCGGGGCCCUCAGAGCCGGACUCGCCGGUGGCCGCCCCCUUCUUCCUGCUGUACCCGGGCGAUGGAGGCGCGGGCUUCGCAGCGCGGCCCCCGCCACAGCGCGCCUGGAGGACCCCGCCGUCGCCCGGCUCCCCGCUGCCCUUCCUGCUUCUGAGCUACCCGAGCGGCGGCAGCGGCGGCAAGCACCAUCCUAAUUAUCUCAUGGCUAACGAACGCAUGAACCUGAUGAACAUGGCAAAGCUGAGUAUCAAGGGCCUGAUUGAAUCCGCUCUGAACCUGGGGCGAACCCUGGACUCGGACUAUGCCCCCCUCCAGCAGUUCUUCGUGGUGAUGGAGCACUGCUUGAAGCACGGCUUGAAAGCCAAGAAAACUUUUCUUGGACAAAACAAAUCCUUCUGGGGGCCUCUAGAGCUAGUAGAAAAGCUCGUUCCAGAAGCUGCAGAGAUAACAGCAAGUGUUAAAGAUCUCCCAGGACUUAAGACACCAGUUGGCAGAGGAAGAGCCUGGCUUCGUUUGGCGUUAAUGCAGAAGAAGCUGUCUGAGUACAUGAAGGCCUUGAUCAAUAAGAAGGAACUUCUCAGUGAGUUCUAUGAAGCCAAUGCCCUCAUGAUGGAAGAGGAAGGAGCUAUUAUUGCUGGUCUCCUGGUGGGUCUGAAUGUCAUUGAUGCCAAUUUCUGCAUGAAAGGAGAGGACCUGGACUCUCAGGUUGGAGUUAUUGAUUUUUCGAUGUAUCUCAAAGAUGGAAACAGCAGUAAAGGUAGCGAGGGGGAUGGUCAGAUUACUGCAAUUCUAGACCAGAAGAACUACGUGGAAGAACUCAACAGACAUCUGAAUGCUACUGUAAACAACCUUCAGGCAAAAGUAGAUGCUUUAGAAAAAUCCAACACUAAAUUGACAGAGGAGCUUGCCGUUGCCAACAACAGAAUUAUUACCUUACAAGAAGAAAUGGAACGAGUUAAAGAAGAAAGCUCCUAUCUACUGGAAUCCAGUCGGAAGGGUCCUAAACAAGACAGAACUGCAGAAGGGCAAGCACUGAGUGAAGCAAGAAAGCAUUUAAAGGAGGAGACACAGUUACGAUUGGACGUGGAGAAGGAACUGGAGCUGCAGAUCAGCAUGAGACAGGAGAUGGAACUGGCGAUGAAGAUGCUGGAGAAGGAUGUCUGUGAGAAGCAGGAUGCCCUGGUGUCCCUGCGGCAGCAACUGGAUGAUCUCCGGGCUCUCAAGCAUGAGCUUGCCUUCAAGCUGCAGAGUUCAGACCUAGGAGUGAAACAGAAGAGUGAGCUAAACAGCCGCUUGGAGGAGAAGACCAAUCAGAUGGCCGCCACCAUUAAACAACUGGAGCAAAGUGAAAAAGAUUUGGUGAAACAGGCAAAGACCUUAAAUAGUGCCGCAAAUAAACUGAUCCCAAAACAUCACUAGACACUUCAUAGAUGGUCGCCUCUCAAGUCUGAUGUUACAAAAUAACUAACUAUAAGAGGAAGAAGUCGGAAAUUCCUACAUUUAAGUUCUGAUUCUAUAUAAAAAAAAAAGUCACCAAAAGUUGACCUUGAAUUUGUUGGACUUAAAAAAAAUUAGUUCGAUACAUAAGUUGGGUUUUAUUGUUGUUGUUGCUGCUAUUAUUUUCUCCCCCAGAGUUAGAAAUUUUGGUAUGGGUUCCUCAUUAAAUACCAAAUAAACUUUGAGAAAUAUUUCUGAGUUGAACAAUAAAUCAAAAGACCCAUUUUCAGGAAGCCUGGGGAACAGAAGCAUUGUACAUGUUUCCUUGAUAGUGAUCAGACUCUGUAGGUGGCCCAUGUCCACAUCAGUGAGCCUGUUCUCUGCCGUGUAAUGCGGGCAGGUGUCACCUGGGGACCUUGGGCCUAAAGUAGCUCUGUCUCUUAGACUGUAACUCCUCUUCUCUUGCCUUGUGUAGGUUUAAUCCCCAGCCCAAGAAAAGUACUUAGGAUUUCAUUACACUUCUAUUCUCAGUAACCAAGACUGCUUGCAGUUUCUUCUUCCCUUAGUGAUUUUGGACAAAAAACAGCAUCCUUGCAUUUCUUUAAAGUACUUAGAAGCAAAGUAGUAAUUAGGUAGCUCUAAACGUCAUAGUGCGGAAGCUGGGAAACCCCUCUUGACACGCGUCACCUCUACCUCUGCCCUUCUCUGUCAUCCUCCGUACUACUUAGGUAGCUCAGAGAGAACACUUUAAUACAAAUACGAUUUUCAAAUCUACCCUGCUUUUUUUCUCCUGGGAUAGAGAGGCCACAGUGCGGUCACGACUUCCGACCUGCUGUCCUUGCCUGGAACACUGGCCCAAGAGCUUCUAUCACCUUUUUUGUGAUAGAUAUUUGCUAAAGGUUCUAGUUACUAAAAACAAAUAACUUUAGAUGAGAAAUAAAUAAUGCACUGGCAUUGGUUAGUAUCAAAGCAAAGAUCCUCAGUAGAUAGCCACAGCAAUACUAGCAGGGCUUUUUUUUUUUUUUUUUAAGUGACUGCAGAGCUAACCCUUUCUAGGCUCUACAUUGUAAAUAAUUCUAUAAAUACUUUGAUUUAGAAAAAAACUAUUUUUGAUUUGGGGAGGCAGGCUUUUAUAUACAUGAGCCUUUACUCCAUCCAGUGGGUUUGGCACAGUGCCUGGGGUUUUGUUCCAUGUUUUCUGUCCCUCCUUUUGGCAUGCUAUGUAGCAUUGCCCCUGCUAAGAGAGAAGCAAAGAUAAUUCCUUUGCUUCAAUUUUUUUUUUACCUUCUUGGCAAACCAUAAUUAAGAGUGUAACCGAGUGUGUGUGCUUUUAUAGGUCCUCAAAGGGCCGGUGUUAGAGCCAACUUAAUGGAGGAUCCUUAAACUCAUUUUAAUUCUUCUAAUUUUGCACCUAUAUAAAAAGCCUCCUAUUGCGAUCUGCUGCUCAUCAGCCUUUUAUGGUGAUGAGUUGCUUUUUACAUACACAUUGAAAGAGAAUAAUCAAACCAAUAAAAGACUACAUAUAGCAUGCCUAUAAAUUCUAUUACAGAAAGCCUCAAAUAUUCCACCGUAUAAAAAUGAUCCUUUAUAGGUGCAAAGUUAUAAGACAUUUAGAAGAAAGCAUCCAUAAGAAGCUUCCAGAGAGUAUGGUCAGGAGUCUUAGGAACCCCAAUGCUGAGUGUUUUACUGCAUGGUCACAAACCCUGUGAUAGAAGUGGAAAGGGCAGACACAGCCAGACUUUCAGAGAGGCUUGUCCUUGUGGAAUCGUGAGAAGCUUGGGUAAGGGUUGCUAGAGAUUGCCCUCCAGCUUCGUGUGGUCAGGGAAGGGUCAGGAAAUUGUGAUAACCCCACAUGAGAAGGCAGCUACGCCUGCACCUUCAGCUGUAUGUGGAAGGCAGAAGGAUAACGUCCCAGCCUGUUAGGAAAGAAAGACAGUGGCUUCGACAUAAUUGACUGUGUACUUGAGGGUGGCUCUGGAUAUGGAUUUCCAAAAAGCGAUGUCUUCUUGUUGAUCACCUAAUGGCUGUAAACUGUAGUACUAGAAUAAAAAAAAAUAGAAAAUCA